CUCCACCUCCAAUCCAUGGCGCCACUAUGUGCCGCUGGCCCCCCCCCCCGGGGCGCCGUGUGCCGGCCCCGUCUCCCCCCGGGGCCACAAUGGUUCGUUCCCGGGCAACGCGGGCGGGCACCGAGCGCCGGGUUCUCUUCCGGGUUCGGGUGCGGGCGGGCGCUCUGUGGUUGCUCCUCCCCCGCCGGCUCUCCGGCCGGGCGGGCGGGCGCUAUGCGCAGGCUCGGCCCUUGCCUCAAGAUGGCGGCGGUGGCGGAUAAACAGAAGCACGAGCACGGGCGGGUGAAGAUUGGGCACUACAUUCUGGGGGACACGCUGGGCGUCGGCACCUUCGGAAAAGUCAAGGUUGGAAAACAUGAGUUAACUGGACAUAAAGUUGCAGUGAAGAUUCUGAACCGACAGAAGAUUCGCAGCCUUGAUGUUGUAGGAAAAAUCCGCAGGGAGAUUCAGAACCUCAAACUCUUCAGGCAUCCUCAUAUAAUAAAGCUGUACCAGGUCAUCAGCACACCCACUGACAUUUUCAUGGUGAUGGAAUAUGUUUCAGGAGGAGAACUGUUUGAUUACAUCUGUAAAAAUGGAAGGCUUGAUGAGAAGGAAAGUAGGCGUCUGUUCCAGCAAAUCCUUUCUGGUGUGGAUUACUGUCACAGGCAUAUGGUGGUACAUAGAGAUCUGAAGCCUGAAAACGUGCUGCUUGAUGCACACAUGAAUGCCAAGAUAGCUGACUUUGGUCUAUCAAAUAUGAUGUCAGAUGGAGAAUUUUUAAGAACAAGCUGUGGUUCCCCUAACUAUGCUGCACCAGAAGUAAUUUCAGGAAGAUUAUAUGCAGGCCCAGAAGUAGAUAUUUGGAGCAGUGGGGUUAUUCUCUAUGCUCUAUUAUGCGGAACACUUCCAUUUGAUGAUGAUCAUGUGCCAACCCUUUUUAAGAAGAUAUGUGAUGGUAUCUUUUAUACCCCUCAGUACCUGAAUCCAUCUGUAAUUAGUCUUUUGAAGCACAUGCUGCAAGUGGAUCCAAUGAAGAGAGCAACAAUCAGAGACAUUAGGGAACAUGAAUGGUUUAAGCAGGACCUUCCAAAGUACUUGUUUCCUGAAGACCCGUCAUAUAGCUCUACCAUGAUUGAUGAUGAAGCCUUAAAAGAAGUGUGUGAGAAGUUUGAGUGCACUGAAGAGGAAGUGCUAAGUUGUCUAUACAGCAGAAAUCAUCAGGACCCUUUAGCUGUUGCUUAUCACCUCAUUAUAGAUAACAGAAGAAUAAUGAAUGAGGCCAAAGACUUCUACUUGGCUACAAGUCCACCAGAUUCUUUUCUGGAUGAUCACCAUCUGUCUCGACCUCACCCUGAAAGAGUGCCAUUUUUAGUAGCUGAAGCACCACGUCCUCGCCACACUCUUGAUGAGCUGAAUCCACAGAAGUCAAAACACCAAGGUGUGAGAAGGGCUAAAUGGCACUUGGGGAUCCGGAGUCAGAGUCGACCAAAUGAUAUCAUGGCUGAAGUUUGUCGAGCAAUUAAACAACUGGAUUAUGAAUGGAAGGUUGUAAAUCCAUAUUAUCUGCGUGUUCGAAGGAAGAAUCCAGUAACAAGUGCAUAUUCCAAAAUGAGUCUACAAUUGUAUCAGGUGGACAGCAGAACAUACUUACUGGACUUCCGCAGUAUUGAUGAUGAAAUUACUGAAGCGAAGUCUGGGACUGCAACUCCACAGAGAUCAGGUUCUGUGAGCAACUACAGAUCUUGUCAAAAAGAUUCGGAUGCUGAUGUGCAAGGAAAAUCUGCAGAUACGUCCCUUACCUCAUCAGUGAACUCUUCACUUGACUCCUCCACAGCUGACGUAACUCCAAGACCAGGGAGUCAUACAAUAGAAUUUUUUGAGAUGUGUGCAAAUCUGAUUAAAAUACUUGCACAAUAAUUUUGAAGAUGGGCUUAUUUCUUUUAUAGCAAUAAGCAUGCCUAAAUCAUAGUCAGAUGCUUCCAGUUAUAAUCAAGUUAAAUUAACUAAGGCGCUGAAAAAGCUAGCCACAAUGCAAUUUGCACGGGGAUUAAAAUUAGUAUGGGCAGUUAGCAUAUAUUAUUUUGAAGCUAGAGUGAAUUCUGAUUGCCUGCUGCCCAAUGGCAUAACACAGGUACAGGAAAUAACAUGCCCUUUGGGUAGUGUUUAUAAUAUUUUACAUUGAGUGCACAUUAGCUUGCAUAUAACACUUAAAUUAGAUGGACCUCCUUGGUUUUUUCACUGGUAAUACAUAUGUCUGACGCACUGUAGGUAAAUGUACUCUUACUAGUUCAGUGACCCAAAUAUGACUUGUUGGUCACCCUCUACAGUUGUGACUCAGUUGGUCAAAACUAUCAUUAACAGUAAUGUGUUAAAACUGCUAUGUUCCUUCCCCCUUAUUUGACAGUAAAUAAUAAAGACUAGUUUGAUAUGUUACAAUGUACUAUUUCUAACAAUACAUUUUAUUACAUGCAUGCAAAUCCAGCCAGUUGGAAAUGUGUGCAGGUGCUCUUUAAUGCACUGAGGGUGAAGUUCUGUUGGCAGUGAGUAGAACAAUUGAGUCCACAACAGCGGUAAGAGACUUAAUGCUGAGAAGACUUGGCAUCCCGUGGGCUAAAUGAAAAUGUUGCAGUGUGGAGAACUGUGAGCAAGCCCCUGGUCUGUGCAUAUACCUUAGUGUGGUAGUAGCACAGCAGCUCCUACUGCAGGCUGAGAAUCCUUUUCCUUAGAAACAGUUAAGGGCACAGCUUAAGGGCUGUUUCAUGCUAUUCCAGAAUCUAAAAUUGACAGUUUUUUAACAUACAAGUUUAUACUUUGAUACAGCUAGUUAUCACAUGUUAACUUAGGAUGUACUGUGUAGUGUUCACUUUGCAGUUAAAACUACAUAUAAAGGUUUUUAUUUUUUCCCAAGCUGCCUUAAUAGCAAACAUUGCUAUUUAAUGUAACUGAAUUAAAGUCUAACUUCUCAAUAGAACGUUGAAAACUGAUCAUAACAACUUGAGUGCUAAUAUUGAGAAAGUUUUCAAUAGUAAAUCACAAUUACCCAUAACAAAAAUCUUUCUGCAUUUAUGGUUUUUGCAACAUUUUAGGAAGAAAAUUGAACUUGAUAUGUUAAAAUGGCAGAUAGUACUUGUACCUUUAGCCUCUUGCAAAUUGGAUAUAAUUAGCCACAGUUCCAUUUUCAUCUAGCCCUUAUUAGACAUAAACAGUCAUAAAAUAUUUAGGUUUGCAUUCAAGAAUUAAUGUUCCCUUCAAAAUAAUCUUCAUGACCUACUAAGUUUCAAGGGAUAGGCUGGAAAUCCAGGCAUUACUAUGAGCAGUGAAACCUGGACUCUUCAAAUGGAUGGCAGUUCUUGCCAAUGACUGAGGUUUUAUUCAUGAGAGACUGAUAGCUACAGAUAUAAGAACAGUUUAAUCCUGGCCACCUGGCAUCAGUCCAGAAAUUAAUGUUUUGAUUAUGCACAGAAUCUGAAGAAACAUAAAGCUGCUUUAAACCCAGCUGCUGUAACUCUGUUCUGAACUGGGUGAUUGUGAGGUCUGUCUAGUAGGUGGGUACUAGUUACAACUUCAUUUCUUUAUUCUCAAGUGUCACACAUGGUCUCUGUAGGGACAUUGGCUGUAUCACUGUACCUCAAAGUGGAACAUAAAGUUUUGCGUUUAAACUCCCCAGGUUCAGAUGUCAAUAUGAGGGACCAGUUUGGGUGUACUGAAUAAAUCAGUGUUCGUUUUUGUAAUCCUUUUAUUUCAAAAUUACUAAAUAUUGCACUUGCAUAAACACUACAAACGCACAGGUUUUUAAAUUGCAGUAAUUCCUCUUCUGGAAUUGGUUUGGGAUCACUUACAUAUGCUAAACUAUUUAUAAAUAGUAUCUGCUCCUUGUAAUGCUGACAACAAAUGCCAGGUGUCAAGGUGCAGAUAGCUUUUAAUUUUUAUAUACCUUUUUGGCCCUCUUGUGCAUUAAGACAACCACGUUUUUUCCUUAGUUUCGGUAAUCUGGAGGUUAAAGCAAGUUUCUGGCAGAAGUGUACAAUAUGUGUAUUUUAAAUAAAGUAAAUUUUUAUUGGUAUGGUGGAUCAGUUUUGAUGGUCAAAGGUUUUUUGAUUGAACCGAGAUUUUUAUAGGGAAUGGGAGGGGUAGAAAGGGGCACUAACAACCUAGUUGAACUCAGUUGCCUAUUGUGUGACUUUCCUAUGCUUUGUAGAUCUUGCUGUUGAAAUUGCUUUCUUCACAUGUUCCUAUUGAUCUUGCAGACCUUUAGCAUUGCAGUAGAAGCUGCCAAUAGGCUGUGAAAUGGAACUUCACUAGAGAGUUGCCAGAGUUGUAAGGAGGCAGCUUAUGCAAAUACACAAAUUGGUCAAGUGUGUUAUCUGUAUUCCCAAGCAUACUCCUUUUGGAGUACAAUGAAUUAUCUUGCCUUUGUAUUGUAACUUUUUCAAUAACAUGGAUGAACCUGACUGUCCAUGUGCAAUAUAACUCACUAGGUAAUGGAUAAAAAUUCAUCUUGGUUGUGCAAUAUUAAAAAAAACUUUCAUGUUUGUCUUGAUAUUAGUGUUUAAUACAAACUUUGAACUAAAUUUUAUUUUACCAGUUGAUUACCAUUGUAAGAUAUGAAGUCCUAUUCUUUAACAAAUAUGUGCCUACUUCUUCUGUUAAUUUCUUUUGACAAAGCUGAAUGGCAAAAAUGCUUGUUUAUAACUGUGUAACUUUUUAAACUUUCAAAACUUAAAACCAAGUAAACAUAAAAUACUGAA